AUGAUCUUAAUGAGUGAAUUGAAUGCUUCACGUGAAAAUGCAUAUCGAAUUGCAAUUGUGAUCGCAUUAUCAGUAUCGUUCAUUCCGUUUGUGUGUCUUUUUUCGUUAGUUCCAACAGUUACUGAAUAUCUAGACAGUUUGCAGUAUCAAUACAACAGUGAUCUUCAGUUUUGUGAGGAGAAAGGAACAAUUACAAGGGUAGAUUGGCGCGAUCGUGCCGUAGGUGCGACAAGUAAAUCCAGUACGUCAUCUAGAACCGAUGAUCCACAGUGCAGCUGCACAGCACCACCUGGACCAAAAGGCCUUCCAGGUCGAAAGGGUUUGAAAGGUUCAAGAGGAGCACCUGGCGCACCUGGUAUGCCUGCUAGGAUUCCAUGCGAUCCACCCGUGGAUUUGAAAAAAAUGUGUCCAGAUCCUUGUCCUCCUGGUAAACAAGGAUAUCCAGGACUGCAGGGACCACCUGGAGAUAAAGGUUCAUUGGGUGUUAUGGGUGCACAUGGGAAGGACGGUGAAGAUGGUAAACUAGGGCCACCCGGCCCAAGGGGUCCACCGGGAAUUCCUGGCCUUGACGGUGAUGUAGGUGAACCAGGUUUCGAUGCUAUACCAAGUCCAUUCAUACCAGGUCCACCUGGACCUAUUGGCGAUGCUGGACUGGUGGGGCCUUCAGGUCCAAAGGGAAUGCCAGGUAUUGAUGGGCCACAAGGACCAGCUGGCAAUCGAGGGCCGGGCGGACGUAACGGCCUUCCUGGAGAAAGAGGAUCGGUUGGACUUCCCGGACCCAUCGGUGAUCCUGGCCCUGACGGUGAAAAAGGGGUAUGUCCUACUUAUUGUGCUAUGGAUGGCGGAGUUUUUUUCGUUGAACCACCCGAGUGGUUCUUUCGUGAUCGAUGA